AUGUGGAAGGCCGGCCGGCAGGCAGGUAUCUCCCACACUUGGAGAGAAGGCAUAAGAAUCUACAGUUCACUUGUAAGAAAUCCUUCUUAUGAAAUUGUAUUUCUACUCUUCACAUACUAUAUGUUGACAUUAGAGCUAUCUAACCAGUUCUCAGGUAAUAUGCAUGUGUCACUAGCUGAGGCCCUGGAGGUUCGGGGUGGGCCACUGCAGGAAGAAGAAAUAUGGGCUGUAUUAAAUCAAAGUGCUGAGAGUCUACAAGAAUUAUUCAGAAAAGUGAGCAUAGCUGAUCCUGCUGCCCUUGGCUUCAUUAUUUCUCCAUGGUCGCUGCUGCUGCUGCCAUCUGGGAGUGUGUCCUUUACAGAUGAAAAUAUUUCCAAUCAGGAUCUCCGAGCAUUCACUGCACCAGAAGUUCUUCAAAAUCAAUCACUGACCUCUCUCUCAGAUGUUGAAAAGAUUCAUAUAUAUUCCCUUGGAAUGACAUUGUACUGGGGGGCUGACCAUGAAGUACCUCAGAGCCAACCUAUCAAGCUUGGAGAUCAUCUCAACAGCAUUUUACUUGGAAUGUGCGAGGAUGUAAUUUAUGCUCGGGUUUCUGUUCGAACUGUCCUGGAUGCUUGUAGUGCCCACAUUAGGAACAGCAAUUGUGCACCUUCAUUUUCCUAUGUGAAGCAGUUGGUAAAACUGGUUCUGGGAAAUCUCUCUGGGACGGAUCAGCUUUCCCGUAACAAUGAACCGAAGCCUGAUCGAAGCCAGGCUAUUCGAGACCGGUUGAGAGGAAAAGGAUUACCGACAGGAAGAAGCUCUACUUCUGAUGUACUAGACAUACACAAGUCUCCAUUCUCUCAUCAGACCUUUCUUAACAAAGGGCUUAGUAAAUCUAUGGGAUUUCUGUCCAUCAGAGACAGACAAGAGGAGAAAGAGUUUUUCAAGGACAUUUCAUCAGAUAAUAAUUCUGGACAUGAAGAUUCUGAAAAUACCUGCUCCCCUUACCAGUUUAAAACUAGUACAGACAAAAAAGUUACUUCAAGCACUGAUGGACUUCCCAAGAAGAAGAUUUGGGCUUCAUCCAUGGACUUGCUUUGCACAACUGACAGAGAUUCCUUUUCUGGAGAGACUGGCAGAUACCGACACUAUCUCCCCGAGGCAGUAACAACAAGGACUUCAACUGCUCCUAGAAAAAAGGAGGCAAGAUACUCAGAUGGAAGCAUAGCUUUGGAUAUCUUUGGUCCUCAGAAAAUGGAUUCAAUGUACUACACGCGAGAACUGCCCACCUCCUCAGCAAUAUCAAGUGCUUUGGACCGAAUCCGUGAGAGACAGAAGAAACUUCAGGUUCUGAGAAAAGCCAUGAAUGUGGAAGAACCAGUUCGAAGAUAUAAAACUUGCCACAAUGAUGUCUUUAGUACGUCCAGUGAAAGUCCAUCUAUAAUUUCCUCGGAAACAGAUUUCAGACAAGUGAGAAGAAGUGAAGCUUCAAAGAGAUUUGAAUCCAGUAGUGAUCUCCCAGGGGUAGAUGAAAUCCCAAACCAAGGCCAAUCACAAAGACCAAGACAAUAUGAAACACCCCUAGAAGGCAACUUGAUUAAUCAAGAGAUCAUGCUAAAACGGCAAGAAGAAGAAAUGAUGCAGCUGCAAGCCAGAAUGGCCUUGAGACAGUCUCGUUUAAGUCUGUUUCCUGGAGACACAAUCAAAGCUUCUAUGCUUGACAUCACCAGAGAUCCCUUAAGAGAAAUGGCCUUAGAAACAGCUAUGACCCAAAGAAAACUUAGGAAUUUCUUUGGCCCUGAGUUUGUGAAAAUGACAGUUGAGCCCUUUGUAUCUUUGGAUUUGCCACGAUCUAUCCUUACCAAGAAAGGGAAGAAUGAAGAUAGCCGAAGAAAAGUAAACAUAAUGCUUCUGAAUGGGCAAAGACUGGAACUGACUUGUGAUACCAAAACUAUAUGUAAAGAUGUAUUCGAUAUGGUUGUGGCCCAUAUUGGUUUAGUGGAACAUCAUCUGUUUGCUUUAGCUACUCUUAAAGAAAAUGAAUAUUUCUUCGUUGAUCCUGAUUUAAAAUUAACCAAAGUGGCCCCAGAAGGAUGGAAAGAAGAACCAAAGAAAAAAAGCAAAGCUGCUGUGAAUUUUACUAUGUUUUUCCGAAUUAAAUUUUUUAUGGAUGAUGCUAGUCUAAUCCAACAUGCGCUGACUUGUCAUCAGUAUUAUCUCCAGCUGCGCAAGGAUCUCCUGGAGGAGAGGAUCCACUGUGAUGAUGAGACUUCCGUAUUGCUAGCAUCCUUAGCACUCCAGGCCGAGUAUGGAGAUUAUCAGCCAGAGGUUUAUGGUGUGUCUUAUUUUAGACUGGAGCAUUACUUGCCUGCCAGGGUGAUGGAGAAACUGGAGCUAUCCUAUAUUAAACAAGAGUUACCGAAACUGCAUAAUACCUAUGUGGGAGCUUCUGAAAAAGAGACAGAGGUCGAAUUUUUAAAGGUUUGCCAAAGACUGACAGAAUAUGGAGUUCAUUUUCACCGGGUGCACCCAGAGAAAAAAUCGCAAACAGGAAUAUUGCUUGGUGUCUGUUCUAAAGGUGUCCUUGUGUUUGAGGUUCACAAUGGAGUUCGCACGUUGGUCCUUCGCUUUCCUUGGAGGGAAACCAAGAAGAUUUCUUUUUCUAAAAAGAAAAUCACAUUACAAAAUACAUCAGAUGGAAUAAAACACGCCUUCCAGACAGACAACAGUAAGGUUUGCCAAUAUCUGCUGCACCUCUGCUCCUCCCAGCAUAAGUUCCAGCUGCAGAUGAGAGCAAGACAGAACCACCAAGAUGCCCAAGAUAUUGAGAGAGCUUCGUUUAGGAGCCUGAAUCUCCAAGCAGAGUCUGUUAGAGGAUUUAAUAUGGGACGAGCAAUCAGCACUGGCAGUCUAGCCAGCAGCACAUUGAACAAACUGGCCGUUCGACCUUUGUCAGUUCAAGCUGAGAUUCUGAAGAGGCUAUCCUGCUCAGAGUUGUCGCUUUACCAGCCAUUUCAAAACGGUUCAAAAGAGAAGAGUGACAAAGCUUCCUGGGAGGAAAAGCCUAGAGGGAUGAGUAAAUCAUACCACGAUCUGAGUCAGGCCUCUCUCUAUCCUCAUCGGAAAAAUGUCAUUGUCAAUAUGGAUUCCCCACCACAAACCAUUGAGGAGUUGGUGGGAAAGCCCUUUCACCAGAUGGCGAGAUCUGACACUGAAUCUUUGGCAGGAUUCACAAAGCUUAAUAAUUCAAAGUCUGUUGCAAGUUUAAAUAGAAGUCCUGAAAGGAGGAAACAUGAAUCAGACUCAUCCAUUGAAGACCCUGGUCAAGUAUAUGGUAUAGGAAUGACUAUGCAUAGUUCUGGAAAUUCUUCAUCCCAAGUACCCUUAAAAGAAAAUGAUGUGCUACACAAGAGAUGGAGCAUUGUGUCCUCACCAGAAAGGGAGAUCACCUUGGUGAACCUGAAAAAAGAUGCAAAAUAUGGCUUAGGAUUUCAAGUUAUUGGUGGGGAGAAGAUGGGAAGACUGGAUCUAGGUGUAUUUAUCAGCUCAGUUACCCCUGGAGGACCAGCUGACUUGCAUGGAUGCUUGAAACCAGGGGACCGUUUGAUAUCUGUGAAUAGUGUGAGUCUGGAGGGGGUCAGCCACCAUGCUGCAACUGAAAUUUUGCAAAAUGCACCUGAAGAUGUGACACUUGUUAUUUCUCAGCCGAAAGAAAAAAUAUCCAAAGUGCCUUCUACUCCCGUGCAUCUUGCCAAUGGAAUGAAAAACUACAUGAAGAAACCUUCCUACCUACAAGACAAUGCUGUAGAUUCUUCUGUGGAUCGUAGCUGGCCACCUGGUACCCUGAGGCACGUUACAGACAGCUCAUGUGGGCCACCUGUGGGCCUACGGGAAGGAAGCCUGAGUUCUCAGGAUUCUAGAACCGAGAGUGCCAGCUUGUACCAGAGCCAGAUCAAUGGCUUCUUUGCCAGCCAUGGAGGUGACCGAACUUGGAAGGAGUCACAGCAUGGGAGCCCUUCUUCAUCUGUAAUAUCCAAAGCUUCUGAGAACAAGAGAAUUUCCGUUGACAAUAACCGAAGCAAAGCUAAAACACCAGGCAUUUUUGAUGUGACAGAUUACUCAGAUCGGGGUGAUUCAGACAUGGAUGAAGCUACUUAUUCGAGCAGUCAGGAUCAUCAAACAUCAAAAAAGGAACCCUCCUCCUCACUGAAUACAUCAAACAAAAUGAGUUUUAAAACUUUUUCUUCAUCACCUCCUAAACCUGGAGAUAUCUUUGAGGUUGAACUGGCUAAAAAUGAUAACAGCUUGGGGCUAAGUGUCACGGGAGGUGUAAAUACUAGUGUCAGACAUGGUGGCAUUUAUGUGAAGGCUGUUAUUCCCAAGGGAGCGGCUGAAUCUGAUGGUAGAAUACACAAAGGUGAUCGGGUCCUGUCUGUCAAUGGAGUUAGUCUAGAAGGGGCUACUCAUAAGCAAGCUGUGGAAACAUUGAGGAAUACAGGACAGGUGGUUCAUCUAUUGUUAGAAAAGGGACAAUCUCCAGCCUCCAAAGAACAUGUUCCUGUAACCCCACAGUGUACCCUUGUAGAAUCAGAUGUCCAAGGUCAAGUACAAGAAAAAAUGGUGACGAAAAUAACUCAUGUCAAAGACUACAGCUUUGUCACUGAAGAAAACACAUUUGAAGUAAAAUUAUUUAAGAAUAGCUCAGGCCUAGGAUUCAGUUUUUCACGAGAAGAUAAUCUCAUACCUGAGCAAAUGAACACCAGCAUAGUAAGGGUUAAAAAGCUGUUUCCAGGACAGCCAGCAGCAGAAAGUGGAAAAAUUGAUGUGGGAGAUGUUAUCUUGAAAGUGAAUGGAGCCUCUCUGAGAGGAUUAUCUCAGCAGGAAGUCAUAUCAGCUCUCCGGGGAACAUCUCCAGAAGUGUCCUUGAUUCUUUGCAGACCUCCACUGGGUGUGCUACCUGAAAUUGAUUCUGCUCUUCUGACUCCACUACACUCGCCUGCACAAGUCCUUCCAAACAGCAGUAAAGACCUUCCUCAACCAUCAUGUGUAGAGCAAGGCACCAGCUCAGAUGAAAAUGAAAUGUCUGACAAAAGCAAGAAACAAUGUAAAUCCCCAUCCAGAAGAGACAGCUACAGCGACAGCAGCGGGAGUGGAGAAGAUGACUUCGUGAAAGCCCCAGCAAAGAUGUCAAAUAGGAGCUGGAGUUCAGCUCUGCGUCAGACUCUAAACAAUAUGGUGUCACAGGCAGAGGGUCAACACGAAGCUUCCCAGAGUCAAGAAGAUGCCAUGUGUACCAUGUUUUACUAUCCUCAGGAAAUACCCAAUAAACCAGAACUGGAGCGCAGCAACCCUCCUUCCCCUCUACUACUGGAUGUGACUUCUAUGCAAAGCUGUCAAAACCAGCCGGAAUCUGCUGCCUCAAACUCAUUGGACAAAUGUCAUAUACCUGACAAUUCUGAGCCUAGUAGGCAAGAAGACUUGACAUCCUUGAAAACUGACUCAGAAAACCACCUUGAUGACUUUGAGCUGGAAGUGGAACUCCUCAUUACCCUAAUUAAAUCUGAAAAAGGAAGCCUGGGUUUUACAGUAACCAAAGGAAAUCAGAGUGUUGGUUGUUAUGUUCAUGAUGUCAUUCAGGACCCAGCCAAAAGUGAUGGAAGGCUAAAACCUGGGGACCGCCUCCUAAAGGUGAAUGAUACAGAUGUCACAAAUAUGACUCAUACAGAUGCAGUGAACCUGCUUCGAGCUGCUCCAAAGACUGUCCGAUUGGUGCUUGGGCGAGUUCUGGAUUUACCCAGGAUGCCAGUGUUGCCUCACUUGCUGCCUGAUAUUACAUUAACAUGCAACAAGGAGGAUUUGGGCUUUUCCUUAUCUGGAGGUCACAACAGCAUUCAUCAAGUGGUGUAUAUCAGUGAUAUCAACCCAAGGUCUGCUGCAGCCACUGAAGGAAAUCUCCAGCUACUAGACAUCAUUCAUUAUGUAAACGGAGUCAGCACACAAGGAUUGACUUUGGAGGAUGUGAAGAGAGCGUUACACUUAUCCCUUCCUUCGCUGGUGCUGAAAGCAACAAGAGAUGAACAUCCAGUAGUGCCCAAUGCGAAGAGGGCUGCCAAUUCAAGUCCAAAGCCACACAAGGCCAAUGGUUAUCACAGUGUGGAGCCAUGCAACAAGCCUGCCCUAACUCCUACUAGUUCUUUCUCCAAGGUUAAUGGGGAAGAAAUAAUUGAAGUUUUCAACCCUGAAGGAAAAUGCUCUAAUUACCAUUUAAAAAUAAAACUGCAUGCAAAUUAUUGUUUUCAAGAAUCUAAUGUACAAGAAGAUGACAUUUAUGAUGAUCCUCAAGAAGCUGAAGUUAUCCAGUCUUUGUUGGAUGUUGUGGAUGAGGAGGCCCAGAAUCUUUUAAAUAAACAUACUGUAGCAGGAGAUGCCUGUGUUCCAGAUAUUUUGAAGACCAAUGGGAAAUUAUCAGAGGAGAGAGCAGAGGAUACAGACUGUGAUGGUUCACCUUUACCUGAGGAUUUUUCUGAGUCCUCCAAAAUAAAUGGCUGUGAAGAAUAUUGUGAAGAAAAAGUACUAAGUGAAAAUUUCAUUCAGAGGUCACAAGAAAGGAAAGCUGAUGAGGAUGAAGUCACAUGGGGAAGUGUUGAAUUGCCAAUAGAGACAACAAACCAUGAAGAUUCUAAUAAAGAUCCUCCUUUUCUGACAAAUGAAGAACUUGCUGCCCUCCCCAUCAUCAAAGUGCUUCCUUCGGGUCAAUACACUGGUGCCAGGUUGAAAUCAGUUAUUCGAAUGUUGCGGGGCUUACUAGAUCAAGGAAUUCCUUCUAAGGAGCUAGAGAAUCUUCAAGAAUUAAAGCCUUUGGAUCAGUGUCUAAUUGGGCAAACUAAGGAAAAUAGAAGGAAGAACAGAUACAAAAAUAUUCUUCCCUAUGAUGCUACAAGAGUGCCUCUUGGUGUUGAAGGUGGGUAUAUCAAUGCCAGCUUCAUUAAGAUCCCAGUGGGGAAAGAAGAGUUUGUUUACAUUGCCUGCCAAGGACCUCUCCCAACAACUGUUGGAGACUUCUGGCAGAUGAUUUGGGAACAAAAAUCCUCAGUGAUAGCCAUGAUGACCCAGGAAGUAGAAGGAGAAAAAAUCAAAUGUCAGCGCUAUUGGCCUAACAUCCUGGGCAAAACAACAAUGGUCAGUGACAAGCUGCGCCUGGCUCUUGUAAGAAUGCAGCAGCUGAAGGGAUUUGUCGUGAGGGCCAUGACCCUAGAAGAUAUUCAGACGGGAGAGAUACGACAUAUUUCUCACCUGAAUUUUACUGCCUGGCCUGACCACGAUACGCCUUCCCAGCCAGAUGACCUGCUCACUUUUAUCUCUUAUAUGAGACACAUUCACAACUCAGGCCCAAUCAUCACUCACUGCAGUGCUGGCAUUGGACGUUCAGGGACCCUGAUAUGCAUAGAUGUGGUUCUAGAAUUAAUCAGUCAAGAUCUUGAAUUUGACAUCUCUGAUCUAGUGCGCUGCAUGCGACUGCAAAGACAUGGAAUGGUUCAAACUGAGGAUCAGUAUAUUUUCUGCUAUCAAGUUAUCCUUUACGUUCUGACACGUCUUCAGUCUGAAGAAGAACAGAAGGAGCAGCAGCCGCCUCUGAAAUGA